AAAUAAAAUAAAAUAAAAAGAAACGUUGCCGCUCUCCCAUCCACCACUACUCUUCCACCCUUCCUAAAAAAGAGGUCAAAAACCAAAUCAAGCCAAAACAAACCCAUUCUUCUCUCUCUCUGUCUCUCUCUCUCUCUCUCUCUCUCUCUCUCUCUCGUGCCUAUGGCACCCUUUGCAGCACGUAUAAUCGGUGAGCUCAGAGCCGUUGAUAUCUCUUACCAAUAUCCACUUUGAGAUAAUGGGUCACCGCUCAAAGAUCUGAUUGUCACUUUUGUGUAACGAAGUGAGAAACUAUUACACAAGAUCUCAGAGAGAAAUGGGAAGCAAAUGGAGGAAAGUCAAGCUUGCUCUUGGCAUGAACACGUGCCUUUACGUUCCUCCAACUCUCGAGGAUUCAUCGCCGUCUACGGCAUCUACCGCAAGACUCUCCGACGCUGUUUCAACCGCUCAGGGUCACGGCUCCGAUUUCCGUCCUACUACGCCGACUCCGUCCUCUUCGGGGCUCCGGUUGUCCCUAACCGGACCCAAAUCCUCUAAGAGGACCUGUGCAAUAUGCCUUACCACCAUGAAAACGGGCCAGGGUCAUGCCAUAUUCACUGCAGAAUGCUCCCAUUCUUUUCAUUUUCAUUGUAUUACAUCUAAUGUAAAACAUGGGAACCAAAUUUGCCCAAUUUGCCGAGCAAAAUGGAAAGAAAUUCCCUUCCAAAGCCCUAUAUCUGAUCUUCCUCAUGGAAGGUCAAGAAUCAACCCAGUAGGUUGGCCCCAAGAUGAUGGUUGGAUGACAGUUCUACGAAGGCUCCCUUCCCCUCGAUUAGAUACAAGUCAGCAGACUUCUGCAAUUUUCCAUGCCCCUGAGCCAGUUGUCUUUGAUGAUGAUGAAGUUUUGGAUCACCAACCUGAGAUUACUGAGAGAAGCACAUCUGCUACAGAAGCUGCCGAUAACAAUACCGUUGGAACAAUAGACAUCAACACAUAUGCAGAAGUUACUGCUGUUCCUAGAUCAGCAUCCCAUAAUGAUUUCACUGUACUAAUCCAUCUCAAGGCGCCAGCUACAAGUGAAAGACAGGAUAGCCACAGAAACGUGACUGAAUUGCCACCAAUAUCUCAAAAUACACGUGCUCCAGUUGACCUUGUCACGGUGCUCGAUGUUAGUGGCAGCAUGGCAGGUACUAAGCUUGCUUUGCUAAAACGUGCCAUGGGCUUUGUGAUAGAGAACCUUGGCCCCUCUGACCGGCUUUCCGUCAUUGCCUUCUCUUCUACCGCACGUCGCCUCUUCCCUCUUCGUCGAAUGACUGAUAAUGGACGGCAGCAGGCAUUACAGGCUGUCAAUUCUCUGAUUUCAAAUGGUGGGACAAACAUUGCUGAAGGCCUAAGGAAAGGUGCCAAGGUAUUGGUAGACCGCAAGGGGAAGAACCCAGUUGGCAGUAUUAUACUGUUAUCUGAUGGGCAGGAUACAUAUACUGUCAGUAGUCCUGCUGGGUCCCGUGCUCGAACUGACUACCAAUCACUUCUACCGAAUUCAAUCUGUCAUAACAAUGACGAAGGCUUGCAAAUUCCAGUGCAUGCAUUUGGGUUUGGUGCAGACCAUGAUGCUGCAUCAAUGCACUCAAUCUCUGAGAUUUCUGGUGGGACAUUUUCUUUCAUAGAAGCUGAAGGUGUGAUUCAGGAUGCAUUUGCACAAUGUAUUGGAGGCCUCUUGAGUGUCGUAGUGCAAGAGCUACAAGUUGGAGUAGAGUGUGUUCACCCGAGUUUGCAACUCAGUUCAAUAAAGGCAGGAAGUUACCGAACCAGCAUGGUGGAAGAUAGAAGAAUGGGCUUUAUUGAUGUUGGAUACUUGUAUGCUGAAGAGGAAAGGGAUUUUUUGGUGGCAGUCAAUAUUCCAGUUGUUUGUUCCUAUGAUGAGAUGUCAUUGCUAAAGGUUAGAUAUGUUUACACGGAUCCUAUUACAAAAGAAAUGGUGACUUUGGAAGAAGCCAGUGAAGUAAAGAUCGGGAGACCUGAAAUCACUGGAGAACUGGUUGUGUCCGUGGAAGUGGACAGGCAGCGAAACAGACUACGUGCUGCAGAGGCAAUGUCUGAGGCUAGAGUUGCAGCUGAAAGUGGAGAUCUAGCUGGUGCAGUCUCUGUCCUGGAGAACUGUCGUAGGGUAUUGUCUGAAACUGCCUCUGCACGAGCUGGUGACCGCUUAUGUGUUGCACUUUGUGCUGAGUUGAAAGAGAUGCAAGAAAGGAUGGCAAACCGUCAGGUGUAUGAGGCAUCUGGAAGGGCUUAUGUUCUAUCAGGGUUGAGCUCACACUCAUUGCAGAGGGCAACCGCAAGAGGUGAUUCUGUAGAUAGUACAAGCCUUGUGCAAGCUUACCAAACCCCAUCAAUGGUAGACAUGGUGAACCGGUCUCAAACCAUGGUAUUUGCGAAUCCAACACCUCAGCGUUCGCUCCGGCCUGCUCAGUCAUUUCCAACCCGAUCACGGCCACGGUAAUCGUUAGAAUUGCUUUUGGAAAUUAUCCUCACCCUACAUAUAUUCUAUAUGCAUGGACCUUUUUGUUUCUUUGUUAUCAUUAUCUUUUAUUUCUUAUUGUGGUUUUGGGAAGUGGGGUAUAAUUAGAGAGAAGUUUUGGGUGUUUUGACAUGGUAGAAAAUAUUCCUCGUUCUGCCAUGUAAAUGAAUAAGAAUUGGGGGAAAGGUGAGCUAAAUGGGGGCUGAGAAAAUGGUGAAAAGGGAAAGGUGGGGGGGAGUUAAAAGGAUUACAAGUGUGACUGUGGUUAUGUACAUAAAGAAAAUUUUCCUUUUCUUUUUAUUUCUCUUUUGAGAAGAGGGGGUAUAGCCUUGUAAUUGUGGGGAUACUUUGGGUGAAUUCUUCACUUAAAUAUAUAUAUAUAUAUAUGGUA